GGGCGGGGGGCGCGGCGCCCCACAUAACACUCCCCUCCAGCGCUCGGAGCCACCCUCUCCCCUCCUUCUCGCCAACACUACCGCCUCCCCCGACACCGCUGCCACCUCGCCGGACGCUCCGCAGAUUGCCGCGGCCGGCCAGGGGGCGGUGCGCCGAGCGUGCGCGCCCGGGACGCCAGAUGUGCAGUCGCCGCCGCCGCUAGUGCCCCGGCGGCAGCCAGAGCCAGGUCGGGUCGUCUCAGCAAUGCUGCUGCGGGGGCGACCUUGAACGCACCCCGGUUUCCCUCGGCAGGGACCACCCCGAGCCCCCGUGCCGGGUCCUGCCCUCUCCAGCUCGGCUUGCCCGGCGCUUGGUCAUGGAAGGGGCGGCAGUGUCUGCGGCAGGGGAUGGCCCUGCUGUGGAGACGGGUUUGCCCGGCUCUCCGCGGGAGGUGGUGGCCGGGGCGACUGCUGCCCCAGUGGAACCCAGGAAGCCGCACGGGGUGAAGCGACAUCACCACAAACACAACUUGAAGCAUCGCUAUGAGCUGCAAGAGACCCUGGGCAAAGGUACCUACGGCAAAGUCAAGAGAGCCACCGAGAGGUUUUCAGGCCGAGUGGUUGCUAUAAAAUCCAUCCGUAAGGACAAAAUCAAGGAUGAGCUAGACAUGGUUCACAUCAGACGAGAGAUUGAGAUCAUGUCAUCCCUCAACCAUCCUCAUAUCAUCAGUAUUUAUGAAGUGUUUGAGAACAAAGAUAAGAUUGUGAUCAUCAUGGAAUAUGCCAGCAAAGGAGAGCUGUAUGACUACAUCAGCGAGCGGAGACGCCUCAGCGAGAGGGAGACCAGGCACUUCUUCCGGCAGAUCGUGUCUGCCGUGCAUUACUGUCACAAGAAUGGCGUGGUCCACCGGGACUUGAAGCUGGAGAACAUACUGCUUGAUGACAACUGUAAUAUUAAGAUCGCUGACUUUGGGCUUUCCAACCUGUACCAGAAGGACAAGUUCUUGCAAACAUUUUGUGGGAGCCCUCUCUAUGCAUCACCCGAGAUUGUCAAUGGCAGGCCUUACCGGGGACCAGAGGUGGACAGCUGGGCCCUGGGCGUCUUGCUUUACACUCUCAUUUAUGGAACGAUGCCCUUCGAUGGCUUUGAUCACAAAAACCUCAUCCGACAGAUCAGCAGUGGAGAGUACCGGGAGCCCACACAACCCUCAGAUGCUCGGGGACUCAUCCGGUGGAUGCUGAUGGUGAAUCCUGACCGCCGGGCCACCAUCGAGGACAUCGCCAACCACUGGUGGGUGAACUGGGGCUACAAGAGCAGCGUCUGUGACUGCGAUGCCCUCCCCGACUCCGAGUCUCCGCUCUUGGCUCGGAUCAUUGAUUGGCAUCACCGCUCCACCGGGCUGCAGGCUGAGGCUGACGCCAAGAUGAAGGCCAAGCCCGGGGCCUCGGAGGUGGUGUUGGAGCGGCAACGGUCACUGAAGAAGUCCAAGAAAGAGAACGACUUUCCCCAGUCUGGCCAGGACUCCGUGCCUGAAAGCCCAUCCAAGCUGAGUUCCAAGAGGCCCAAGGGCAUCCUGAAAAAGAGGAGCAACAGUGAACAUCGCUCCCACAGCACUGGCUUCAUCGAAGGCAUCGUGGGCCCCACCUUACCUUCCCCUUUCAAAAUGGAGCAAGACUUGUGCCGGACUGCCAUCCCCCUCCCCGGCUCCCCCGAGGCUCAGGGAAGCUCAGGGAAGCUCGGCCUCAAACAGUCUGCCACCAUGCCCAAGAAAGGCAUCUUGAAAAAGACCCAGCAGAGAGAAUCUGGUUACUACUCGUCCCCGGAGCGCAGCGAGUCCUCAGAGCUGCUGGACAGUAACAAUGUGAUCAUCAGCGGUGGCCUCCCCUCCCCUCCCCCAGACCCAGCCAGGGGAACGUCCCACAGCCUGUCCUGCCGGAGGAAGGGCAUCUUGAAACACAGCAGCAGGUACUCGGAUGGCGCCACAGACCCUGCCCUCACCGGCCCCGAAAUGCCCACACUGGAAUCCUUGUCGCCGCCCGGUGUCCCCUCCGAUGGCAUCUCUCGGAGCUACAGUCGCCCGUCCAGUAUCAUCAGCGACGACAGCGUCCUGUCCAGCGACUCUUUCGACUUGUUAGAUCUCCAGGAGAAUCGGCCGGCCCGCCAGCGCAUCCGCAGCUGCGUCUCGGCGGAAAACUUCCUCCAGCUUCAGGACUUUGAGACUCCCCACAACCGGCCCCGGCCCCAGUACCUGAAGCGGUACCGGAACCGGCUGGCGGACAGUAGCUUCUCCCUUCUUGCUGAUAUGGACGACGUCACUCAGGUGUAUAAGAAGGCUCUGGAGAUCUGCAGCAAGCUCAACUAGCCCUCCGGGGCUGGGCCAGGCCGGGCUGGGUGGGUGGGAGAGCCCAAGGGACGAGGGGAACAGAACUCAGCCUGCAGGCUGGUUACCUCUUUGCUGGUCAUGGCAACCAACUGGGAAAAGACUAGUAACGUCUGGCCCCCCAGGCCAGCUUUCGCAGCCUUGAGUCAGCACCUAAAAGGGACGGAAACUGUUCUUUACUGGUUCUGCCAGCCGCCAGUCAGAACGUGGGUCCUAACUGGCAUUCCCAUAUGGCAUCUCACAGGGAAGGUGGUGUUGGCCAGCCUGAAACGGGAAGGGGCAUUAUGGGUAAGGGGGCGGGUUUCCUAGAAGUCAUCUAGAUGUUUCUGGAGGAGGGCAAGAAAGACUGAGACCAUCUGCCUUGGGUGAAUGGGUUAGCGAGCCUGGUCUGGCUAUGUAGGGGCUAGCAAGAUGCCAGCAACCUGAGUGUGAAUUGGGGAUCAACUGGUAAUGUCUGCACUGUGGUCUGAAUUUAGUGGACUAGGCACACCAGGGAGCAGUGAUCGAGUACCAGUAACUGCCAGGGAAUCAGGAAUGGGGGCAACAGCAUGACCUGCCAUUGCUAGGCCCUGGGAGUUAGGUGAAAGCACCCUGUUUAAAAGAAAAAAGGUUAACUCUUUCCUGGCACAGCAUGACGUGUUAAUUUGCUCCUGGGCCUUGAGUAGAAAGUGAAUGCAUUGAACUCUGAUAGGGGAAUAGUCUGGUGGCUGUUAACUUUCUGUUUUCCCGGGAUCUGCCUCUUCUUCCUCCUCUCUCUUGCCUUCUUCUUUGGUGGGACCUUCUGAAGGUGAGCAAGAAGAUACUUGGCAGUGUGAGAGGCCAGGGCUUGGUGCAGGACAGGGCAAAAGAGCUGCUGGGGUCUUUGCACAGUUGAAUGGACCGCGAGGCAGGCCGGCAAGGGGCGACGUCACUUUCUUAGAUGUCUCAGUAUUAACUGGAACCCUGCCUCUUGGCUUCUCACCUGCACAAAUGCUUUAGUUGGACGUGAUGCUAUUCAGUCUCCAAGACAUCCCUGGCUCAGCUGUAGGCCCCAUUCACCCACAAGUGUGGAGCCUUAACCGUAGACAAGUUGCCUCUGGGGAGCUGGUGUGUAGGUGAAGUACGUGGCUGAGGAAAAGUCCGGUUUGACAGAAGGUCGAGUCUCCUCAGGCUAGUUCUGUCUCGUGGUUUUGAUUGUCCUCGUUUUGGGAGAGAAAACAAGUUCCGUCCAUCCUUCCAUCCAUCCAUGGAAUAAGAUGUUGAAAGAGCAGAGCGUUGUGGGGAGGCUUGGGGACGCUUCCUCGGGAACCAUCCAGAUGGCUCUGGAGGAGUCAGAAAGGAGGUGUGUGGGGGCGGCAGGAUGCUUAAAAAUGUUCCGGCUAGUUAUCUAAUCUCCGAAUACUAAGGUUACAGGUGACGUCAUCCCCACGGAGGGGACCCUGGGGACGCUGGGGGUGGGGCGGGGUGGGUGAAAUGGUCUUUCUGGGCUGACCUCGGAAUCCACUGGCUCAGUCAAGUCGGAAUCCUCCUUCU